AUGCCGCCAGAGAAGAAGGAGAUGAUCGGUUCCGACGGCGAUACAAAGUGGUCGAGGCUUACGCUUGUCCCGGACUUGAUUCGAUCGAUCUUCAAACGCUUGAACUUUGUUGAGUUCCAUCGAGCCAGGUCCAUUUCUUUAGAUUGGUACUCCACUGGUGAAUUGUGCUACAGAGAACACCCAACUCCAUGGAUCAUCCUCUUUUCAAACUACAGCCAUAUUUCAUGUAAGUUGAUUGAUCCUCUUCAGUACAAGACAUACGAGGUAAAAGAUCUAGGGUUUGAUUUCUAUAGGAGUCGUUGUUUGGCUAAUUGUGGUAGCUGGUUCUUGAUGUUAGACCAUAAAACUGAUUUUUAUAUUUUCAAUCUGUUUACUCGAGAGAGGAUUCGUCUUCCGAGUCUGGAAGCUAUGGAUGGAUCGCUGAUGAGGUUUGAGAGGACCGGUGAGUAUGACUUCAUGGUCACCUUAGAUUAUAAAACUAAGUACGGACAUUUUUCUUCGGGUCAAAUCAGAAAAGUUAGCAUAAAGAAUGCAGUUUUGUGGGUAGAUGAAGUGAGCAAAGAUUACUUAGUUGUGUGGAAUCUCGAAUGCUUUAUAGCAUAUCACAAGAAAAGUUAUCGUAACAAUAGUUGGAAAGUGCUACAACCUUUAGACAUGCAAGGUUGCGUCGAUAUGGUGUUCAAAGAAAGCAAGCUUUACGUUCUUUGUCUAAGUCGAGCAAUCACUGUUUAUGAGUUUCGUGGUGGUGCUUCUCCAAAUGAAUGUGCAAGUUUUAGUUCUCCGGAUUUUCAGAAAGAUCAUGACUAUAGUCUUGUUGUGACUAUGUCGGGAGAGGUUUUGAUGGUCGCGAGGAAGAUAUGCAAAUUCGAUAUCCACAAGAUGGAUCCAAAUUCGUUAAAGUGGAUUAAAAUAGAUUCUAUUGGGAAUGAAGCGUUGUUUUUGGAUCAAGGAACAACCGUUGAAGCUAAAGAUGGAGUGAAAACAAAUUGCGUAUAUUUUAGUAAUGAUCAGCUUCAUAGAUACAAUGAGAUUGGUCUAUGCUAUGGAACUAAUAACUGCGUCUACGAUAUUGAAGUCGAGAGUGUUGUCCAAUCGUUUCAGCAUUUUGCAGAUAUAUCGCUAAUACCUUUCAAGGAUGCUCGUUGGUUUUUCCCAACUUUUGGUGGCAAAUUUUUGCGUUAA